GAUCUUUUGAUAGUUAUACUGAAAAUGUACAACAAGCUGCGUUCAAACUCUACUUUUUUGUUCAAACUCUGUCGUCAUAGUUUGAGAGUAUAGAAACAGUUAAUAAUAUAAUGGCUCGUUUGUUCUACCAACGAAUUUAUUAAGUGUAUUUGAAAGUAAAAAAGAUGGAUUUAGUUAAAUUUCAAAGGUACGGAUUGCUUUUCUCGAAAUAAGGACUGUGUCCAAAGCGGUAACUUUAAUUAAAAUCAUGAGAGAGAUCAUCUUGUAGUUAAGAAAACACAACCAUCGUGUUUUCUGUUUUGCUUUUUUUUUUGUAGACUUACCAUUUAAGGUACCUAUGAUUUAAGUUUUAUGAAAGUUUUAACACAGAAUGUUCAGAAUGGGGAAAAGGUUCUACGUUGGCCGCUAGCUCAUACGUUCUCUUGGUCUCUGCUGGUAACGCACAUUCUCGAUGAAGUAUCACUCCAGCAGUAGAAAAUAAUCUCUAACCUAGAUGCUGUCAUCAUUAGCCUAGCUUAACCUGAGCCUAUAGAAACAGUGGGUAUAAAGCCGAGCCUGGCUACCUGUGAAGGUUUGCCUGGCUCGGCCAUUGGUCACUCGGUUGCAGAAGACUAUGGCUCUAGAACGGAAACGUCCUUCUGGACGCAGUGGUUCCCGUUUUGCCGAAAAGACUCCCGCGAACAAAUGCAAGGCGUUCUGUCGCAAGUUCACAGCUUUCACGUUCUCCCACGUCGGUUUGUGCGGACUGGUGGUUGGAUACAGCAUCAUGGGUGCUUUCGCUUUCCGGGCGCUCGAGGCUCCCUACGAGGAGGAGAAGGCUGGAGAGGUCAUAGAUAUGAGGCAGAAAACGGUGAAGCGUCUGUGGGACAUCACAUACGACUUAAACGUGCUGUAUAAGGACAACUGGACUCGUCUUGUAACGGCAGAAAUAAAACGGUUUCAGGCAGACUUAAUAGAAGCUGUUAAAGACGGGUACGACGGCAAAGAAUUGGGAGAGGUCCAACAGUGGUCUUUUUCCGGAGCGUUUCUCUACUCUCUCACCGUCAUUACCACAAUAGGUUAUGGAAAUAUAGCACCAAGAACAGACUGGGGAAAGCUCGUGACCAUAGUAUACGCCAUUAUUGGCAUCCCACUGAUGUUGCUAUAUCUGACCAACAUAGGUGAUAUCCUCGCCAAGUCUUUCAGGUAUGUCUACAGGCGGAUGUGCACCUGUAAAUCCAGUGAGCACUAUACAAAAGGAAGAAACGUGGAAAAUUAUCGAGUCAAGCACAUCGUGGCACACAAUGUCUCUGGAAGACAGAAAGCUUUAGAACAUGGUGUCCAAGACGAAAUUAUCGUCAGUCCUGGAGACGAAGUUAGAAUUGAAGCCAUUCCUAAUAACGAACUACACGAAGAUCUAGACUUCCAGAAACCAGGAGUGACUGUUCCCAUCACGCUCUGUCUGCUGAUUCUAGUGGGCUACAUUUCAGGAGGGGCAAUAAUCUUCUCUCUGUGGGAGGGGUGGGGAUUUCUAGAUGGCUCGUACUUCUGUUUUGUUACGCUCAGCACCAUCGGGUUUGGUGACUUGGUGCCUGGAGACUCCGUGGUUAGUGAUCAAGGAUCGCAGGAGAAACUGGUUAUCUGUUCACUUUACUUGUUGAUCGGCAUGGCUUUGAUCGCCAUGUGCUUUAACUUAAUGCAAGAAGAAGUAAUACAAAAACUACGGAGUUGUGGCAGGAAUAUUGGAAUCAUUAAAGACGUCGACGAUGAAGCUGACAUUGCGUGAUAACGAAUGUAAAUCACAUUCGAAACGAAAGUAAUAGCAGAAAAAAAUUAUUUAUGAAAUUGAAGUUUGAGGGGAUUGAAUGACCAAGUAUUAAAUUCAUCGGUUUUUUGAAAGACCAAUGAAAGUUUUCUAUACAGUAAUGUGACAAUAGUAACAUUAACUUAUUGCAUGCUUUAUGGAAACUCUCGUGGGCUUUCUAAAUUGCAUGAUAACUGAUAUUGUUUGGUCAUAAGGUGAUCAUCGUCCGCCAUUCAGGUUAGGCCUACAUUCGGCAUGUUUAACCUAUAGAAAAACAGGAUUACCUUUGUUCUAACACCCGUAUUACUCUGUCCUCAGUUCUCCAACUACAUGGAGAAAAUACUAUUUAUACAAAAAUCUUCAAAUAUUUGGCCUCUCGGUGGUGCCGUCUCGUGUUUCCUUCUAGUUCUUUGUAAC